CAUGGUAAUGUACGAUGGUAUCAAAUCUCAGGGCGGAGUCCAUCAGGGGAUGGUGUACUCGGUCUAUUUCAUUGUUCUGACCCUGUUUGGUAACUAUACCCUGCUGAACGUGUUUUUGGCUAUCGCUGUGGAUAACCUGGCUAACGCCCAGGAGCUCACCAAGGAUGAACAAGAGGAGGAGGAGGUGGCCAACCAAAAACUUGCACUACAGAAAGCCAAGGAGGUGGCAGAAGUGAGCCCCCUGUCUGCAGCCAGCAUGUCUAUAGCGGUGAAAGAGCAGCAGAAGAACCAAAAAUCCUCCAAGUCUGUCUGGGAACAGAGAACGAGUGAGAUGCGGAAGCACAACCUGCUGGCGAGCCGGGAAGCCCUGUACAAUGAGAUGGACCCCGAGGACCCAUGGAAGGUGACCUAUGCCCGGGCCAUGCGGCCUGACAUCAAGACCCACCUGGACCGGCCCCUGGUGGUUGACCCUCAGGAGAACCGCAACAACAACACCAACAAGACCCGGCCCAACGAGCCCUCUCUGGAGCAGCGCUUCAGCCAGCAGCGGGCUGAGGAUUUCCUGCGCAAGCAGGCCCGCUACCACGAGCGCUCGCGGGAGUUCAGCAGCUCCCGCAGCUACGAGCAGCCUGAUGCAGAGGGUCUUGAGGCCCGACGGCAGCGCAGCGGGAGCAAGGAGACCAAUCUGAACCAGGACGGCACCUACCGGGAGCUGGACUAUCCCAGCCAGGGAUAUGAGAGCAGCCGGGAGCAGGGCUACCGCGACAGCGCCUCGGAGCGGAUCAAAGCUGUCGACCCGCACCGCAGGCACCACCACCGGCAAGGGGGCAGCAAAGAGAGCCGCAGCGGGUCACCCCGGAUGGCCGAGGGCGAGCGGGAUCAUCGGCGGCACCGGGCCCACCGCCGGAUGGGAGAGGAGGGCGGCGGGAGCCGGGACGAGGGCGGCAAGGUGGAGCGGCGACUGCGGCACCGGGAAGGGAGCCGGCCCUCCCGCGGGGACGUGGAGGGUGAGCAGCCCGACGGGGAGAGACGCCGGCGCCACCGGCACGCCGCGCAGUCCACCUACGACACCGACGGCAAGAGGGAUGACAGGGAGAGGCGGCACCGGCGCAGGAAAGAGAACCAAGGCCCCAGCCCAGUGCCCGGCCCGAACCUCUCCACCACGCGGCCGAUCCAGCAGGACAUGGGGCGCCACGAGCCGCAGGUGGCGGAGGACAUAGACAACAUGAAGAACAACAAACUAGCCACCACGGAGCCCUCAACCCCCCACAAUGCCAGCCACCUCCAGAGCCCAGCCAAGGUGGGCCACCAUGCCAACUGCACGGCCACCCGGGCACCCCACAACCUUCCUGGCACCCUGGGCCAGCCACCCCCCAACUCCCAGAAUGCUGCCAACCGCCAGGCACCCAGCAACCCGCCCCAGCCCGGGCCCCCGAAAACCCCCGAGAACAGCCUUAUAGUCACCAACCCCAGCACCCAGAACAACCCAGCCAAGGCUGCCAAGAAGCCAGAGCACACCACAGUGGAUAUCCCAGCCACCUUCACACCACCCAUCAACAACACCGUCGUGCAAGUGAAUAAAAACGCCAAUCCGGACCCACUGCCAAAGAAGGAGGAAGAGAAGAAAGAGGAGGAGGAUGGCGAGCAGGAGGAGAAUGGGCCUAAGCCCAUGGUUCCCUACAGCUCCAUGUUCAUCCUCUCCACCACCAAUCCGUUUCGCAGGCUCUGCCAUUACAUCGUGAACCUGCGGUACUUUGAGAUGUGCAUCCUGAUGGUGAUCGCCAUGAGCAGCAUCGCGCUGGCCGCCGAGGACCCCGUGCAGCCCAAUGCUACCCGGAACAAUGUUCUGCGCUACUUUGACUACGUCUUCACGGGUGUCUUCACCUUUGAGAUGGUCAUUAAGAUGGUCGACCUGGGGCUGGUUCUUCACCAAGGCGCCUAUUUCCGGGACCUGUGGAACAUCCUGGAUUUCAUCGUGGUCAGCGGAGCUCUGGUGGCCUUUGCCUUCACAGGCAGCAGCAAAGGGAAGGACAUUAACACCAUCAAAUCAUUGCGUGUCCUCCGCGUCCUCAGGCCCCUGAAAACCAUCAAGCGAUUGCCAAAGCUCAAGGCUGUCUUCGACUGCGUGGUGAACUCUCUCAAAAACGUCCUCAACAUCCUCAUCGUCUACAUGCUCUUCAUGUUCAUCUUCGCCGUGGUGGCCGUCCAGCUCUUCAAGGGCAAGUUCUUCUACUGCACGGAUGAGUCCAAGGAGUUUGAGAAGGACUGUAGGGGCGAGUACCUGGUCUACGAGAAGGACAACGAAGUGAAAGCCCAGAGGCGAGAGUGGAAGAAAUACGAGUUCCACUACGACAACGUGCUGUGGGCACUGCUGACGCUCUUCACCGUGUCCACCGGGGAAGGCUGGCCGCAAGUCCUCAAGCACUCGGUGGACGCCACGUAUGAGAACCAGGGCCCCAGCCCCGGCUAUCGUAUGGAGAUGUCCAUCUUCUAUGUCGUCUACUUCGUGGUCUUCCCGUUUUUCUUUGUGAACAUUUUCGUGGCCUUGAUCAUCAUCACGUUCCAGGAGCAGGGGGAUAAGAUGAUGGAGGAAUACAGCCUGGAGAAGAACGAGAGAGCCUGCAUCGACUUCGCCAUCAGUGCCAAGCCCCUGACCCGGCACAUGCCUCAGAACAAGCAGAGCUUUCAGUACCGCAUGUGGCAGUUCGUGGUGUCGCCGCCCUUCGAGUACACCAUCAUGGCCAUGAUCGCCCUCAACACCAUUGUCUUAAUGAUGAAGUUCGACAAGGCCUCCACUGCUUAUGAGGACGUGCUAAAGAUGUUCAACCACGUCUUCACUUCAUUAUUUUCCCUGGAGUGUCUGCUGAAGAUCAUGGCCUUUGGAGUGCUGAAUUAUUUCCGUGAUGCCUGGAAUAUCUUUGAUUUUGUCACAGUUCUGGGUAGCAUCACAGACAUCUUAGUGACAGAGUUUGGGAACAACUUCAUCAACCUGAGCUUCCUGCGUCUGUUCCGUGCUGCCCGCCUCAUCAAGCUCCUGCGUCAGGGCUACACCAUCCGCAUCCUGCUGUGGACCUUUGUCCAGUCCUUUAAGGCCCUUCCCUACGUCUGCCUGCUGAUUGCUAUGCUCUUCUUCAUCUACGCCAUCAUCGGCAUGCAGGUGUUCGGUAACAUUGGCAUCGAAGACGAAGAGGAGGACUCGGCUAUCACAGAACACAAUAACUUCCGCACCUUCUUCCAGGCCCUCAUGCUUCUGUUUAGGAGCGCCACAGGCGAGGCCUGGCACGAGAUCAUGCUGUCCUGUCUGAGCGGGAAGCCCUGCGACGAGAACUCAGGCAUCAAGGAGAAAGAGUGUGGCAACGAAUUCGCCUAUUUUUAUUUUGUCUCCUUCAUUUUCCUCUGCUCCUUCCUGAUGCUGAACCUGUUUGUGGCCGUCAUCAUGGACAACUUUGAGUACCUGACCCGAGACUCCUCCAUCCUGGGGCCCCACCACCUGGACGAGUACGUGCGUGUGUGGGCAGAGUACGACCCCGCCGCUUGUGGCCGAAUUCAUUAUAAGGAUAUGUACAGUUUAUUACGUGUUAUCUCUCCCCCACUGGGCUUAGGCAAGAAAUGCCCUCAUAGGGUUGCUUGCAAGAGGCUGCUCCGCAUGGACCUGCCUGUGGCUGACGACAACACCGUCCACUUCAACUCAACCCUCAUGGCUCUGAUCAGGACCGCGCUGGACAUCAAGAUCGCCAAAGGAGGAGCCGACAAGCAGCAGAUGGACGCCGAGCUGCGGAAGGAGAUGAUGGCCAUCUGGCCCAACCUCUCCCACAAGAACCUGGAUCUCCUUGUCACCCCUCACAAAUCCACGGACCUGACAGUCGGGAAGAUCUACGCCGCUAUGAUGAUCAUGGAGUACUACCGGCAAAGCAAGGCCAAGAAGCUCCAGGCCAUGAGGGAGGAGCAGAACCGAACGCCGCUCAUGUUCCAGCGUAUGGAGCCGCCGUCCCCGACCCAGGAGGGGGUCCUGGGGCAGAACGCUCUCCCGUCCUCCCAGCUGGACCAAGGGGGUGGCCUGAGUGCGCCUGAAGGGGGCAUCAAGGAGAGCCAGUCCUGGGUCACCGAGCGGGCACAGGCCAUGUUCCAGAAGACAGGCACCUGGAGUCCAGAGCGAGGUCACCCCGAAGACGUGCCCAACAGCCGUCCCAAUUCCCAGUCUGUGGAGAUGAGAGAGAUUGGGAAGGACGGCUACUCAGACAGCGACCACUACCUCCCCAUGGAAGGGCACGGCCGGGCGGCCUCCAUGCCGCGACUCCCCGCUGAAAACCAGACGAUCACGGACGCCAGCCCCAUGAAGCGCUCUGCCUCCAUGCUGGGGGGCCACUCGCGCUCCAGAGGCAUCCGGCUGGACGACUACUCCUUGGAGAGGGUGGUCCCCGAGGAGAACCAGCGGCACCACCAGCGGCGGAGGGAGCGGAGCCACCGGGUCUCGGAGCGCUCGCUCAGCCGCUACGCGGACGUGGACACAGGGCUGGGCACGGACCUGAGCAUGACCACGCCGUCGGGCGACCUACCUCCCAAAGAAAGAGACCAGGAGCGAGGACGACCCAAGGACCGGAAGCAUCACCACCAUCACCACCAUCACCGCCAUCACCACCCCUCCUCCGACAAGGAGCGCUACUCGCAGGAGAGACAUGAGCACAGCCGGCCCCGCUCCAGAGACAGGCGCUGGUCCAGAUCCCCCAGCGAGGGCCGUGAGCACAUGCCCCACAGGCAGUAGUUCCGUAAGUGGCAGUCCAGUCCUUUCAACGUCCGGCACCAGUACCCCAAGGCGAGGACGCCGCCAGCUCCCACAGACCCCUUCUACGCCCCGGCCACACGUGUCCUAUUCCCCUGUGG